UUUUUUUCUUUCAAAACAGCAUGUCGCUAACAAAAUACUGACGUUCUCCUCAUUUUCUUUCCUUCAGUCCCCUAUGCGAUCAGAAGUAGAUUCACCUGCUUUCACGCCCGUCAUGGGCGAACGCGAAAUCCCUGCCCAUCCACCUCCCACUUCCAACCCACCCAACCUAAUCGAACGAACUCCUUCCGAAACUUCUCAAGACAAAUUCCCUCCUGUGAUUCCCGAAGAACCUAUCUCUGAUGAUGAAGUCAAAGAAUCAGGUGUGGACGAUUUUGUGAAUGCUCAAGAAGAGGAUGAAUUCUUUGAUGUUCAUGAUGAUACUACUACUACUGCUGCUGCUGCUGCUGCUGCUGCUGCUGUACCUCCUAUGACAGUAGCUGAUACUUUAAUGGCGAGAAUGUCACCGAUUAAGGUAGAGUUUGACGUCAACAACAGCUCUUCCUUGGAUAGUUUGGCUGAAAAUGGUAUUCCUGCUUCACCUCUAGUAGCCUUGGAGAAUAAAGAAAAAGGCAUGUCUCUGAGCGGUGCUAAAGAAUUAGAAGAACCCGAAAAACUACAGGAAAGAGAAAGUGUCGAUCCUGCGUCCAUUUCGAGUGAUGUGAGGGAUUUAGAAAGCAAAGACAAGUCUAUCGAGGAUUUGAUUCCCGAGGUGAAGGACAAUAAGGUACCUUCUGAAAGCCCUCUUGAGACUUCUUUAGCGGAAAAAGACGAAAAGAAGCCUUUGUUGACUGCUGAUAAUGAUGAUGACAAUGCUGUUGUUCGUGAUAAGCCUAAGGACAGCGAUCAUCUCUCUGACAGCCAUAGCGUCAAACCUAUCAUUGAAACUCCUGGCUUGACGGAAGCAAUGGCUGAGAGAAGCCUUGGUGCCCAUCAUGAGUCAGGCGCAUUGGAUGAAGCGGCAUCAGAAAAGCCUUCUGACACUCCUCUUGUACAAGAAAUGCCUGAUAAGAAGCAUACGGACAAUGUUUCCGUUACUGAACCUUUAGAAAAGGAAGAAGAUCUUGAAGGGAAAAAGCCUUUUGACGAGGAAGAAAAGUCCAUGGCUCCCAAAGUAACAGAGCCUGAGGGCAAAGCGGACGGAGCACCCGAUAUAGUUGACUCAGCUUCUUUGGAUAAUGAAAAGACACCGUUGAAAGAAGAAGCAGAGGAGAAACCUACUACGAAGCCAUUCGACAGCAUCCCCACUUCGGGCCCUCGAUUAACUUCACCCAGCCGUGUGCGUCCUGCUAGUGCUCGUCGAUCCCCUCUUUUAACAAAGGAAAGUCAGGAGCCUAGUCAGAUGGAAUUAUUGAAAAAGGAAUUGGAUGCGGAUGCAUCACAGGAAAAGGAAGAAGAGAAGAAACAGUCCGUUCCUGAGGAAGAAGAAACAUCGUCAGCUGCUGUUGAGCAACCCGCUGCCAAACCUGCCAAACCAAUCAAGCCGAUCUUUGCUAAAUUCCCCACACCUUUUGCUGUUUCCGGUAGUCAGGAAGAACUUAUCAAGAGAAAUUUAAGACCUACCAGCGGUGGCCGCCGCUUGUGGGAACCUACUGCACAAAACACGAAUAGCAACAAUAGCAGUAGUAGUCCCGAAGAACCUGAUCAUGAUCAUAAAGAAAAUGAAUCUCCAUCCCCUCGUCCUAUGGGUGGUGUGAAGAGUAUUGCUUCUCGGUUCAAUUUCAAUAAUAACAACGGCGGUAGCAGUAAUGAAGUUUUGGAAACUAAAUUGAAGAAUUAUACCAAGCAUGAAGUUGAAAAAUUAAGAAAGGAACUUUUGGAAGAAAGAGACAAGCGUAUGCAAUUAGAAGAGAAGGUGGAAGCCUUAUCAGCUAGAUUGAACGCACUUUUGGAACAAUAAUCAUGAUAGCCAUCCUAUCACACAUUCAUGUCUUUUUCUACCCACACUUUAUAUCAAUUGAAAAAGGGAAUCAUGUGUUUUUAAGAAUAGUAAUAGUAACUUA